UCCGCGCGAGCCGGAUGCGAGAGUGUCAGCAGCUCCGUCGGUCACGAGCCCGUUUCAGUACUUUCUCAUUGACUCAAAUAAAUAGCUGACCACGUAGCUAGAUAGCCAAGUAACGGUGAAGGAAAUAACAUAUUUCUUUUUUUUUCUUUCUCCAAAAAAUCUGUUGGAAUAGGUUAAUCAAAUAGCAUCACAGCCAGUAUUAUUUUUUUGGUCGGGCAUUUUGGUAAUGUAUUACAACCAUAUAGCCAGCUAGCUAGCUAGCCUAGAUAGCUAUAGUAGUAGACAGCUAGAAAGCGAUAGGACACUAGGCUAGCUAGCUGGUAGAGGAUGACUCACUAAUCGUGUGUGCCGAAUUAACGGUUGGCAUUGACAUCUUGUUUGGACCGUUCUGGUAUUGGUUAGCCAGCUACCAGCGACACACAACUUAGAUAGGUAGCGAAUUAAGGUUAAGAUAGCUUCGCUUGCCUUAUAUAUUCAUGGUCAGCUAGCUGGUGCAUUGGUCAACCGCGACACAGCGAUAGCAGUGAAUUAACUGCGAAAAAUUGCUACACUGUGUGAAGGAUAGCUAACGCAACCUAGCGACACGACCCAACCCGGCUGGCUAGAUAUACUUGAUGGCUAGGUGUUAGCUAGCUAGCAAACCAACGUUAGUGUCAGGCGCCAGAAUCAAUAUUGCUUUGAACUUAGCUGGCUAGGUGGGUAAAUAGCUGGGCAGUUAGCGAGUAGUUUGAAACGUAGCUAGCUAGUUAUAACAAAUUAGCAAUAUAAUUAAAUAAUUGGCUAUAUAGCUGGCUAAAACAUUCUCUGUGUGUUUGGAGUCGGGAAAAACGACCGAAAAUGCCGGCUGUGUCGAAAGGAGAUGGAAUGCGGGGAUUAGCGGUGUUCAUUUCGGACAUACGAAAUUGUAAGAGUAAAGAGGCAGAGAUCAAGCGCAUUAACAAGGAGCUGGCCAAUAUCCGCUCCAAGUUUAAAGGGGACAAGGCCCUGGACGGCUACAGCAAGAAGAAGUAUGUCUGCAAGCUGCUGUUCAUCUUUUUGCUGGGCCACGACAUCGACUUUGGCCACAUGGAGGCUGUCAAUCUGCUCAGCUCCAACAAGUACACCGAAAAGCAGAUUGGCUACCUGUUCAUCUCGGUGCUGGUGAACAGUAACAGCGAGCUGAUCCGUUUGAUCAAUAACGCCAUCAAAAAUGACCUGGCCAGCAGGAACCCCACCUUCAUGUGCCUGGCUCUACACUGCAUCGCCAAUGUAGGCAGCAGGGAGAUGGCUGAGGCCUUUGCUGGGGAAAUCCCCCGUAUCUUGGUAGCUGGGGACACGAUGGACAGCGUGAAGCAGUCGGCGGCCCUGUGUCUGCUGCGCUUGUACAAGACGUCCCCCGACCUGGUGCUGAUGGGCGAGUGGACCUCCAGGGUGGUGCACCUUCUCAACGACCAGCACAUGGGGGUCGUGACUGCAGCAAUCUCCCUCAUCACCUGUCUGAGCCAGAAGAACCCAGAUGAGUUCAAGACCUGUGUGUCUCUGGCCGUCUCGAGACUCAGCAGAAUUGUGUCAUCUGCCUCCACUGACCUGCAAGACUACACGUACUACUUCGUGCCAGCCCCCUGGCUAUCUUGCAAGCUACUUAGGCUGCUGCAGUGCUACCCCCCACCAGAGGAUGGCGCUGUGAAGGGUAGACUGGUCGAGUGUCUGGAGACCAUCCUCAACAAGGCUCAGGAACCGCCCAAGUCCAAGAAGGUCCAGCACUCUAAUGCUAAAAACGCUAUUCUGUUUGAGGCCAUCUCUCUCAUCAUACAUUAUGACAGUGAGCCAAACCUGCUGGUACGAGCCUGCAACCAGCUGGGCCAGUUCCUGCAGCACCGUGAGACCAACCUGCGCUACCUGGCUCUGGAGAGCAUGUGCACUCUGGCCAGCUCAGAGUUCUCCCACGAAGCGGUCAAAACACACAUCGAGACCGUCAUCAAUGCGCUAAAGACGGAGAGGGAUGUGAGCGUAAGACAAAGGGCUGCAGACCUGCUCUACGCGAUGUGCGACCGCAGCAACGCCAAGCAGAUUGUGGCAGAGAUGCUGAGCUACCUGGAGACCGCAGACUACUCAAUCAGGGAGGAGAUGGUGUUGAAGGUGGCCAUCUUGGCAGAGAAGUAUGCAGUGGAUUAUUCCUGGUACGUCGAUACCAUCCUUAAUCUGAUCCGCAUUGCGGGGGACUACGUCAGCGAGGAGGUGUGGUACAGGGUCAUCCAGAUCGUCAUCAACAGGGACGACGUGCAGGGCUACGCUGCCAAGACUGUGUUCGAGGCGUUGCAGGCCCCAGCGUGCCACGAGAACAUGGUGAAAGUUGGGGGUUACAUCCUGGGGGAGUUUGGCAACCUCAUCGCUGGGGACCCUCGCUCCAGCCCCCUCGUCCAGUUCAACCUGCUCCACUCCAAGUUCCACCUGUGCUCGGUGCCCACCCGUGCCCUGCUUCUCUCCGCCUACAUCAAGUUCAUCAACCUCUUCCCUGAGACCAAGACUACCAUCCAGGAGGUGCUGCGGUGUGACAGCCAGAUCCGCAACUCCGACGUGGAGCUGCAGCAGAGGGCCGUGGAGUACCUCAAGCUCUCCUCCAUCGCCAGCACCGAUGUCCUGGCCACUGUCCUGGAAGAGAUGCCCCCCUUCCCAGAGCGAGAGUCAUCCAUCCUGGCCAAACUGAAGAAGAAGAAGGGCCCGGGAGCAGUGUCCGUCUCGGAGCUGGAGGACGGGAAGAGAGACGCAGGCGGGGAGUUGAACGGAGGCGGGGACAGGGGGACUGAUGCAUCUGCUGUCGCUGCGUCCAACGCUUCCACUCCCUCCCCUUCAGCAGACCUGUUGGGUCUUCGCUCGGGAGCUCCCAUUGGCUCCGCUGCUCCCAGUGCAGGAAGCCUAUUAGUUGAUGUGUUCUCAGAUGCAGGACCUCCAGCUCCUUCCUCUGCGGUGAAUGAUGAAGGCUUCCUCAGAGAUCUGGAACCUCCCACUGAGAGCUCUGACUCCCUAUUGGUGGAGGCUCCUGAUGAAUCGGACUCUGAGGAUCCUGCUCCACCUCUCCCUGAAUCAGAUGAUCUUCUGAACAAGUUUGUGUGCAAGAACAAUGGAGUUCUCUUUGAGAAUCAGCUGCUCCAGAUUGGGAUCAAAUCUGAGUAUCGCCAGAACCUGGGAAGGAUGUACCUGUUCUACGGCAAUAAGACAUCGGUGCAGUUUGUCAGUUUCAGCACUACUGUCAGCUGUCCUGGGGAACUGCAGCCUCAGCUCAAUGUGCAGACAAAACCAGUGGAGCCCCUAGUGGAGGGAGGAGCACAGGUUCAGCAGGUUGUCAACAUUGAGUGUCUCAGCGACUUCAGUGAGGCCCCACUGCUUAACAUCAAAUUCAGAUAUGGUGGUGCUCUACAGAACAUCACUCUGAAACUUCCGGUUACCAUUAAUAAGUUCUUCCAGCCAACCGAGAUGUUAUCUCAGGACUUCUUCCAGCGCUGGAAACAGCUGAGUCUCCCUCAACAAGAAGCGCAGAAGAUCUUUAAGGCCAACCAUGGUAUGGACACAGAACUGCUCAAAGCCAAGUUGCUGGGGCUGGGGUGCGCCCUUCUGGAGAACGUGGACCCAAACCCAGAGAACUUUGUGUGUGCCGGAGUCAUUCAGACCAAGGCCCAGCAGGUGGGCUGUCUGCUGAGACUGGAACCUAAUGCCCAGGCCCAGAUGUACCGGCUGACGCUCCGCUGUAGUAAGGACACGGUCUCCAGGCGCCUCUGUGAACUGUUAGCACAACAGUUCUAGAACCAGCUUGCAUCUCAGUUAACAAAGAAACUACAAAACGUUCAAAUAUGCUUACAUAAGGGAAAAGUAGCUGUCCCUACACGACAGCUGUAUUAUUGUCAUUAUUAUCGUCAUGAUUAUUAUUAUUGCUAUAAUAAUUGUUUUUAUUGGUGUUUA